GACUGAGGUGCCGGGUCACAUGACUGCUGUGAGAGAGGUUGUGUCCUCCUGUCACUGGGACGUUACCGCUUUAUGCAGAGCGCAGUCUGGGUCCUGCUGUCCGCUGCUGCACAUGCUACAGGGACCGGUUUCCGGGCGGACUGUGUACACUGUGCAGCUGCUUUCUCCUUCCCCCGCAGCCCAUGAGCCGGUCAUACAGCAGCAGCUGGGAUCUUGGAGGACACGGGAAGUGACAGAGUGAGGAGCAGCGGGGUUAUAUACAGUGAUACACCCGGGUUCUUUGCCCCAUGCAGUCCCUUCUUCAUUUGCCUUCCGGGGCUCUCCCAGCCACCUCUCUACGGAGGGUCCGAUGUCUGUUCAACCAAUUACUGAACUACCGUGGUAUUACCCCACACCCAGUUUUAUUCAAGAGCCACACCACAUCUACAGGUGACAUUGUUAAUAUUGGAGACAUAUCUUAUACAUUGAAAAUUCCAAGGAACCCGGAAUUGGUACCCCAGAACUAUUUCGCUGACCCACUAUGUCAAUCAGUAGCACAACACCUGCGAUGGAUAAUGCAAAAAGAUCUUCUGGGACAAGAUAUUUUCCUUAUCGGCCCUCCAGGUCCACUCAGACGAUCUAUUGCUAUGCAGUAUUUGGAGCUGACGAAGCGAGAAGUUGAGUACAUUGCUUUGUCAAGAGACACUACGGAAUCUGACCUCAAACAGAGGAGGGAGAUAAGAGCUGGAACAGUGUUUUACAUUGAUCAGUGUGCGGUCCGUGCUGCCACAGAAGGAAGGAUCCUGGUGUUAGAAGGAUUGGAAAAGGCAGAGAGGAAUGUUUUACCAGUUUUGAAUAAUUUGUUGGAGAACAGGGAGAUGCAGCUGGAGGAUGGACGGUUCCUUAUGUCUGCAGAGCGCUAUGAUAAACUGCUUCAGGAACACAGUAAGGAUGAGUUGGAUGCAUGGAAAAUUGUUCGUGUUAGUAAAGAUUUUCGAGUAAUUGCCUUGGGGCUGCCAGUUCCAAAGUAUUCUGGCAAUCCUCUUGAUCCCCCACUGCGCUCCAGAUUUCAAGCCAGAGAUAUUUAUUACCUGCCAUUUAAGGAUCAGCUUGAGAUACUGUAUUCGGUAGGAGUAAGUGUUCCUGCAGAAAGAAUUUCUCAGCUCCUAUCAUUUGCUACAACUCUUUGCUCUCAAGAAUCUGCCACCCUUGGGCUUCCAGAUUUCCCAGCAGACAAUUUGGCAGCAGCCAUUAGCAUUUUGAAUGCAUUUCCUAUGAUGUCCUCCCAACGAACCAUCCAAAGACUCUAUCCAUACAGCGUGUUGCUGGGGAAAGAAGGCAGAACUGCUGUUGAAGAUACAUUAAAGAGAUUUGAGUUGUCCGACGCUGGAAAAUCUCCUGUUUCUCUGAAAAUUAUGAAAGUAGAACAAAGAGAAAAUACUGACAGACCUCUAGCCUCAGUCAGCAUUAGAGCUGGUGACAAAGACAUCUCAAUAGAGGUGGCAGCCGGCACUCAGCCUUUACAGUUACAUUCUGAAUCAUCACAGUUCAUUAGAACCAGCACCCAUGAGCAACUGCUGGCAGAGAUGACGCAGUCUCAUAUGGUUAAAGAUAUGUGUCUGAUCGGAGGAAAGGGAUGUGGUAAAAGUGUGAUUGCCAAAGCGUUUGCUGAUAUGCUCGGAUAUGAAGUUGAACCUGUCAUGUUGUACCAGGACAUGACAGCCAGAGACUUGCUGCAGCAGAGAUACACGCUGCCAAAUGGAGACACUGCCUGGAGACUGUCUCCUCUUAUCAUGGCUGCUUUGGAAGGGAAGCUUGUAAUUCUUGAUGGUAUCCAUCGAGUCAACCCAGGAACUCUAGCUGUGUUGCAAAGGCUGAUCCAUGACAGAGAGCUGACUUUGUAUGAUGGCACCAGGCUACUUAGAGAAGAUCGUUAUCAGCAAUUAAAAAAUGAUUUACAACUCUCAGAUAAAGAGCUGCAAGACAGGUUUAUCUUUCCCAUCCACCCCUCUUUCAGAAUAGUUGCCCUGGCAGAACCACCGGUGAUUGGGGGUAAUACUCAAAAGUGGUUGGGUCCGGAACUUCUAACUAUGUUCAUGUAUCAUGAGGUUAAACCAUCCACCAGGAAAGAGGAGAGUCAGAUAAUGAGGGAGAUGGUCCCAAAUGUAUCAAAGGAGGCAGUGGAGCAACUAUUGACAUUAACUCACAAGUUUCGUGACACAAAGGACCCCACGGUACAAUCCUUAGCUUCAUCUUUGUCUACAAGACAAUUACUUCGUAUUUGCCGGCGGAUGUCUCAGUAUCCAGACGAGAGUCUGUAUCAUGCUAUUAACAAGGCUUGUCUCUCAAGAUUUUUGCCAACUCUAGCUAGAUCAGCUUUACAGAAAAACUUAAUGGAUUCUGGCAUAGAGGAAAACAGCACGGAGCUGGAAAGGGCGCAAAACAGAGAUUACAGCUGUGAGGUGAAGUCUGGCAUCCUGAGGAUUGGCAGUGUUACUGUACCGGUAUUUCAUCCCGAUGAGAAGAUGAAAGUGCCAGACGUCCUGUUCUAUGACAACACACAGCACAUCAGAGUCAUGGAGGACAUGCUGAAAGAUUUUUUGCUGGGUGAACACCUUCUGCUCGUUGGAAAUCAGGGAGUUGGGAAAAACAAGAUAGUCGAUAGAUUUCUGCAUUUACUAAACAGACCACGGGAAUAUUUGCAGUUACACAGAGAUACAACUGUCCAGAGCCUUACACUGCAGCCAUCUGUGAAAGAGGGGAUUAUAGUAUAUGAAGACUCACCUCUGGUUAAAGCUGUUAAAAAGGGCCACAUCCUAGUUAUUGAUGAGGCAGACAAAGCCCCCACAAAUGUCACCUGUAUUUUAAAAUCCUUGGUAGAAAGUGGAGAGAUGAUUCUGUCAGAUGGAAGAAGACUUGUAGCCAAUCCAUCAGAACACACGAGAAGGGAGAAUGUGAUCGCUAUUCAUCCUGAUUUUAGAAUGAUUGUACUGGCAAACAGACCUGGGUUCCCUUUUUUGGGAAAUGAUUUUUUUGGUGCUUUGGGGGACAUUUUCAGCUGCCAUGCUGUGGAUAAUCCAGUGCCUCAGUCUGAGCUUGCUAUGCUAAGACAGUAUGGACCAAAUGUGCAUGAUGCUGUGUUACAGAAACUUAUAGCUGCCUUUGGAGAGUUAAGGACUAUGGCAGACCAAGGAAUUAUCUCAUAUCCUUACUCAACCAGAGAAGUUGUAAAUAUUGUGAAACAUUUACAGAAAUUUCCCAAUGAGGGACUGGCGAAUGUUGUCCGUAAUGUCUUUGACUUUGAUUCCUACAACCAAGAAAUGCGUGAGAUUUUAAUGAACGUCUUACAUAAGCAUGGGAUCCCAAUAGGAGCCAAGCCAACCAACGUCCAGCUUGCUAAGGAGUUGCCACUUCCAGACAUUAGUUUUGUUGGCCACUGGACCAUGGCCCAGUCUGGGAACGAUCGUCGUAAACUUUUGUGUCCAACAGAAACACAUCAACUUAUUAUAAAGGGUCCAGUAUACAUAAAUGUACAGGGAUAUCCAUUGGAGCGUUACGAAUCGCGAUCCCUGAGCUUCACAGAAGAGAUGUCUCACUGGCGCCUUCCUAUAAGUGAAGUGAAUAUUGUGUGUGACGUCAUCGCAUCUUCAGAAAAUGAUGCGGAUACAACUGUACAUGUGGCUACCUGUAAUCCGGUGUCUUUGUACUUUAUGAAACUUAAUGGGGAUAAAGGAUACUAUGUAGAUUUAUAUGACGUGUUCCCUAGAACCGUUGGGAGUGUUUGGCAGCCAUUUCUGACUGUUGCACCCCUUGGUCAUCCACUGAGUGGACAGGUCAUUCUUCAUGAAGAACAAAGUAAUGUCAUUCUUUUGCUGGACACUGGCACUGGGGCACUUCGGCGUAUAAUGUUUUCACAAGAAGAUAUGGAACCACCAAAAAAAUCAACCUGGUGGGGCAGUAAGGAAUCACAGGAAAGCUACAAAAUGUGCAAAGAGUUUUCACACAAAAAUUGGUUGGUGUUCUUUAAGGAAAACAGUAACUCCAUCAAUGUCCUUGAUGUACUGGAGGGUACUACACAUACAAUCUCAUUACCAAUCAAUCUUCAGUCUGUUUUGCUUGUGGCAGAGGACAGGUGGCUCUUGAUUGAGAGUAAGACAAACAAGAAGUUUCUGCUCACCACGCCGUUGCACAUGGAAGCUGAGAAUGCGGCAGUGUGCCAGCUACAUGCGCUGCACGAGGAAGCAGCCAGCGCAGGUUUUGGUGUUAAAACAGACUCGGAGCCCUGCAGCGUGGAUGCUAUAUCAAGUGACCAGCUGCCUCCUGAGAACCUGAGUGCAGCCAUUGGACAGAGGAUCAGCUCCCCCAAUAGGAUUCUAUCUAACGAAAACAACUAUGCCUCGAUAGUCGUGGGCUUUCCAGAUUUGAUUUCACCAAGUAAAGUGUAUAGCUGGAAGAGGAAGACUUCCCUGGGUGGUCAUGGAGCUUACUCCAGUGAUCAGUUUUUCCAGCCAGGACCAGCUAAAUUUGGAAGUGUGAAGAAAAGCAAUUGCGUGAAUUUACUAGCAGCUAACCAAGUAGUCAGAGCCAUACCAUCUACAGAUGUGCCUUUAAAAGAUAUUUAUCCCAAAGAUGCAACUCACCCAUAUUCAUCUGCAUAUUUAGAAGUUACAGAUCUUAAUUCAAAGAAACUGAAAUAUAUUCCAGUUCCCAGGGCAACAUCUGUGUCCCCAUACACAUCUUGGCUGUCUAAAAUCUCUGACACAUACAUCAUUGUGGCAGCACUGGGAAACCGAGGAGUCAUCACUGUGGACAUGGGUGGAAGUGUCAGGCUGUGGGAGACUGGGCUUGAAAGUAUCCAAAGAUCUUUGCUUGAGUGGAGAAACAUGAUUGGACAAGAUGAUGGGCGACCAGUGCAGAUCACAGUGCAAAAGGAGAGUGGCUUGGAUGUGAGCUCACCAAAGCAUGGAAAGAUGGAUCCAGAUAAUGUGCCCCAUGUGGGUGGUAAUACAUGGGCUGGGGGAACUGGUGGCAGAGACACAGCAGGACUUGGUGGAAAGGGAGGUCCAUACCGCCUGGAUGCAGGACACAAAGUUCACCAGGUGUCCCAAGCUGAAAAAGAUGCUGUCCCUGAGGAAGUAAAAAGAGCCGCUAGAGAAAUGGCAGAAAAAGCUUUUAAGCAGAGGUUAAAGGAAAUCCAAAUGAGUGAAUAUGAUGCUACUACAUAUGAACGUUUCUCAGGAGCUGUACGCAGACAUGUUCAGUCUCUGCGAGUUAUUUUGGACAGUCUGCAGGCAAAGGGCAAGGAAAGGCAGUGGCUGAAACACCAAGCAAUGGGAGAGCUGGAUGAUACCAAGAUCAUCGAUGGUCUGGCAGGAGAGAAAGCAAUUUACAAAAGGCGCGGAGAGCUUGAGCCAGAACUCGGAAGCCCACAGCAGAAACCAAAGAGACUUCGACUUCUGGUAGACGUGUCUGGCAGCAUGUAUCGCUUUAAUGGGGUGGAUGGCAGGCUGGAGCGCUCCAUGGAAGCAACUUGCAUGCUUAUGGAAGCAUUUGAAAAUUACGAGCAUAAGUUUAAGUAUGAUGUUUCAGGGCAUUCAGGGGAUGGCUGCAGCAUUGAACUGAUCAGAUGUGAUAAGAUCCCCAGGAACAAUAAGCAAAGAUUGGAGGUUCUGAAGACUAUGCAUGCCCACUCUCAGUUCUGUAUGAGUGGAGACUACACAUUGGAGGCCACAGAACAUGCAAUUCAGGAGAUAGCCAAGGAGGAUGCAGAUGAAUAUUUUGUCAUAGUCUUGAGUGAUGCCAACUUAGAACGUUAUGGCAUACCACCAGCACGGUUUGCUCAAGCCUUGACAAUUAAUCCACAAGUCAAUGCUUUUGCUAUUUUUAUUGGAUCUUUAGGAGAUCAAGCUGAAAGACUCCAGAGGACACUUCCAGCAGGCCGAUCUUUUGUUGCUAUGGACACCAAACAGAUCCCGCACAUCCUGAAACAAAUAUUCACAUCUACUUUGCUGUCAAAUGCUUAGUGCUGACUGAAGGCACCAUAUCACUCUGCUGAGAAAACAGCUGAACUUCUAAAAAAUUAUUAUGAUUAUUUUAUUUCCAUGUGUAAAUAUUGUAAUUGCUUUGUACAAUUUGGCAUCCAUAUUUUUUAUUUGCCUCACUUCAGAGUGUUUUCAGUCAGAUUAUCGGCUGCCGUCAUUUUAAUUAUUUAAUAAAUGCAGAAUGAUCAAGUUUGCAUUGCUGCUGUGGUAAAUACUGUUGGUUUUACUACAUUUCAUUUGAUUGAAUGUCAUUAAACCUCAGAAUAUUUAUCACUUUAAGGUUGUUAUUUUUUUUUAACAAUUUGAUGUUCUAUUAUUUUACUAUCAAAUCAAUAAAUGAUGAAAUGAAA